CGCAACGUUAUGGUUCUCUGCCCGCGGCUACGGGAAAUAUCUGGGAAAAGAAUACGCGUAUCGACAAAAUAAAAUCCUACUCAUCUAACGCAUGUAGUGGUUUCCACAUUUUCUAGAGCUCUAGUCAGCUACCAGAGAGUUCGCUGCUCUGGUGCGAUCAUUGCUUUCACAGGCCAGUUUCGAUGAAAAAUUCGCGUAGUGAAGAUCAUGUUCCGAUCAUAAAGAAAUCCAUCACCCACAAUGUGCGGAAAAUCUGUAUGUGCGUACUUCGCAUUCGCUUCGUAACCUCGUGAGCAGCUUCGAGAUCACUGGCGUUAUUACGGUAGAGUCAAGUGAAAUGUUGUGUUGCAAUAUGUACUAUGGCUGGAAAUUCCGAAAUUUACCAUAAACGAAACUUUGUUAAUGAUGCGAACGUUCGUGCUCAUCUCAAUAUUCCCCGUUACAAAGUCACGUAAAUGUAAUCGCUUGGUACAUGAACAUUCUGAAGUGUUUUUAUAGCCGUGCACCACAAGCUACAUUCAGCAUUUCCUUGCUGAAUGCCUGAAAAAUAUUGAUGUGGUUUUCAAUGAGUGCAAAUUACAACAAUCGACUUGAAUCUAUUCAUGCACAGUCUGUUGGCUAUAAAUAUAAGUACGACCGACAAUCUCUAUCGCUAGCCUAGUUUGUCAGUGAAUAAAACACAGGAACAGUUACAGUUUGGAUCAAACAAGAUCGGCAUUAAUAGCUCCCCGGUCAAAGGAUUUCAAAACAAAGUGUGAUACGAUCAGUGCAAAAAUUGUAUUGUUCUACAGUUUUCGGAGUUGCUAAAAUCAAUACACUAUCAAUGAUGGGUCUAUGAUAAGCUAUGUAACGUAUGUUGUGUGCUACAUUAAAAAAAGUGAUGGAUUUCAGCGGUUUUGCUGCUGUCACAAAGAGUCAGCCGUAUCAUAAUUCCAACUAUCUUAAACCACACCGGAUAUCUGAAAAAUUGUAAUCUUUAUCAACAUCCCGUGGCAGUGGUGGAUUAUAGAGAACAUUACUCAAACAUAAUUUAAGGAAAGCAAACAUCUCAACUUCUUCGUACCAUGGAACGAAAGCGUUCAAUAAGACGUCGUCAAAAGCCACCAUUUGCUGAACGAGCGAAGGAUCAUUGCCGAAAUUUCACGGCAUUUAUGUUCAGCAAUGUGGGAAUUAUAUUCCUCGUAGUGUUGUAUAUGAUAGCAGGUGCGUUCAUGUUCAUCGCGAUAGAGGGCAAUGAAGCACUGGAAAGGUUUGCUCAAAUACCGUUUAAGAGGAACGAAACUGCUAUGAGACUGUGGCAAAUAUCUUGCUGUGAAGUGAAUGUGUUCAACAAAAGUGUCUUCGAGGAGAAAGUAGGAAAUGAGAUACGUGCUUAUCAAGAAAAAAUAGUGCUCUGGGCACGGCGAGGUUGGCAGGGCAGCGACAUCACACUGGAGAGUGAAACUCAAUGGAGUUUUUCUGGAGCAUUUCUUUACUCGCUAACAGUGAUUACUACCAUAGGAUACGGUAAUAUCGUUCCUCGUACCGAAUGGGGGAAAAUAGCAACGAUAUUUUAUACUAUAAUCGGGAUGCCUUUGUUUCUGCUCUACCUCUCCAACAUUGGUGAUAUUUUGGCUAAAUCAUUUAAAUGGAUAUAUGCAAAGUUUUGUCUAUGCCGUGUAUGUCCUGGUGUCGCCAGAAGGAGGGCAAUGCGAGCAAGACGAAGAGCACGUACGGAAGAGCGAGACUACUCAUCGGAAAUGGGUGAUAAUGGAUUUGACAAUAAUACCAUCACGACGUCCAAUGUUGAUGAAGAAAUUGAGGAAGAAAUCACUGCCGAGACGAAUACCGUCACCGUUCCAAUAACGAUUUGUAUUAUGAUAAUGAUAGGGUACAUAUUUUUUGGAGCUAGUCUUUUUGCCGAUUGGGAAAGCUGGGACUUACUUGACGGCAGCUAUUUCUGUUUUAUCUCACUAAGCAGCAUAGGUUUCGGUGAUAUCGUUCCUGGUGCAUCGCUACAAACCAAAGGUGAUACCAAAAUGGAAAUCAGUUUCAUUCUUUGUGCGGUUUACUUACUGCUCGGUAUGGCGUUGAUUGCAAUGUGCUUCAAUUUAAUGCAGGAACAAGUCAUCUACAAAAUACGGUCACUUAAAAAGUGUGUCAGGGGUUGCUUCCAUUGUGCUAAAGCGGUGCCAGUACCAGUCGACGAGCCUGAAAGCUAGAUCAUUAAUGAACGAUCUACCGAUUUUACCGACUAUCGAAACAAUAAACUAUUCUGCAAGCUAUCAAAGACAUAAUAUAUGACGAUAAACAGUGCCCAGUUAAGACACGUUUGA